AUGGCAAUAUUCAAUUGGCUCACUUGCUCAUUAUUUUUAUCAAUCAUCGUUCCCGGAACAGCCAUAUCUUACAAUCUACCAAAGUUCUGUGCAAAUGCUACAUGGAAUGCUUCGGCCGUCACAUUUGCCACUGCCACCAUAGUUGGCGGAACUCCUUACGGGAUAUUUGUCAGUAGCAACAAUACAGUCUAUGUGGCAAAUCGAGAGUCUAGUCGUGUUCAUGUCUGGCUAGAAGGAAGUACAACACCCAUCAGUAACAUUUCGAAUGGCUUGAGCAAUCCAUAUAGUGUGUUUGUCACUGAUAAUGGCAAUAUCUAUGUUGAUAAUGGUGCAUCCAACAAGCGAGUCGAUCAAUGGCAACUCAAUUCCAAUGGUAGUGUUCCAGUCUUGUUUACCUGCGACAUAUGUUAUGAUCUUUUCGUUGACUCCAAUAACUACAUAUAUUGUUCAAUGACCAAUUAUCACGAAGUUAUCGGCAAAACUUUGGAUAUAGCUACCAAACAGAAUGUUUGGAGUAUUGUAGCAGGCACCGGCAGUGCUGGAUCGACCACAACGACACUCAGUAGUCCUCGUGGAAUCUUUGUCGAUGUCAACUUUAAUUUAUAUGUUGCUGAUUCAGGCAAUGCUCGAGUGCAGCAAUUUUCGUAUCGUCAGCAAACAGGAACAACUAUUGCAGGUGCUGCGGCUGCUGGAACGAUUUCGCUAAGUACUCCCACAGAUGUUGCGCUCGAUGCUGAUGGUUAUCUUUUCAUUGUCGACAGUGAAAAUCAACGUAUUGUUGGUUCGGGGCCUUACGGCUUUCGUUGCAUAGCUGGAUGUACACAAAGUGCUGGUUCAGCAUCCAGUCAAAUGGACAGUCCAUCAACGUUCGGUUUUGAUAGUUAUGGCAAUAUCUAUAUCACCGAUCGAGAUAACAACCGAGUUCAAAAGUUUCUCUUAUCAACAAAUGUCUGUAAUGGAUCGACAACUUCAUUAACUUCUACUAGUAUGUAUAUUGCCAUGCUUUCCCUUAUUUUCUGUUCACAAAAUGUACAUCUCAUUUUAGCAACAGCGCCAUCCACCGCUACCACAACAACCACAUCAUCAACACUCAACUCCUUUUCGAAUAUUAUUUCUUACAAUCAACCAAAAUUGAGUCCAUAUGCCAUCUGGGUCGGAACUGGAAUCACCUUUGCGGCGAGUACUACAGUUGGUGCUGAUGUUUACGGUAUUUUUGUCGACAAAAACAACACUGUUUAUGUCGCUAGUAAAGCAAAUAACAGAAUUCUCAUUUGGUUAGAAGGAAGCAUAUCUCCUCGUAACAUCACCGUUAGUGUGGGUGCUCCAUAUAGUAUCUUCGUAACAGCAUCAGGUGACAUUUAUGUCGAUAAUGGAAGUUCCAAAAAGCGUGUUGACAAAUAUUUAGCAAAUGAUACUAACCCGACUUCAGUCAUGUCUGUUACAGGUGCCUGCUAUGACAUGUUCAUUGACAUCAGCAACAAUCUUUAUUGUUCAUUGUACGAUUAUCAUCAAGUUGCAGUGACAUCAUUAAACGAUAAUUCCACCAUGUGGAAUGUAGCUGCCGGGGUAUGUUCUUGUGGUUCGACGCAAAACAAGCUUUGCAAUCCUCGAGGUAUCUUCGUUGAUACGUCUUUGAACUUGUAUGUCGCUGACUGUACGAACAACCGUGUACAACUUUUUCAGUCAGGACAGAUAAAUGCAAUAACUGUAGUGAGUGCGUCAGUUUCUGGAACCAUCUCACUUGCCUGUCCAAGUGACGUGGCUUUCGAUGCAGAUGGCUACAUGUUUAUUGUGGAUAGCAACAAUGACCGCAUUGUUGGAUCAGGGCCGAAUGGUUUUCGUUGUCUAGUUGGAUGUACAGGUACUGCUGGUUCAACAUCCAGUGAUUUAUACAAUCCAUCAACAAUGAGUUUUGACUCCUAUGGAAAUAUAUAUGUCACUGAUCGAAGCAACAGUCGAGUACAAAAGUUUAUUUUGCAACCAAACACGACAUAUCCAUUUUCUUUCAAUCAACCGAAUUUUUGUCCAUACACCACUUGGAACACUGAAGCUGUUACUUUCGUCGACGUUAACUUACUUCUUUCAUAUGUUUAUGGAGUGUUUGUUGAUAUCAACAACACGAUCUAUGUGGCAAACUGGUGGCGUGAUCAAGUCAAUAUCUGGGCAGCAGGAAGCACGACUAUAACUAGAAAUCUCACCUAUGUAUUGGAUGGUCCCCUUAGCCUUUUUGCCACAUGUUCAGGGGAUCUUUAUGUUGACAAUGGCUUAUCUUAUGCUCGAGUAGAUAAAUGGGGCCCAAAUGAUACUAUCAGCACUGUAUCUAUAUCAAAUACUGUGCAGUGUUACGAUCUUUUCGUUGAUAUCUCUAACAAUCUUUACUGUUCACUCACUGCCUCGCAUAAAGUUGCCAAGAAAUGGUUGGGCACCAAUGACACAACGAAGACCAUAGUAGCUGGCACGGGUGGUUACUCGGCGGCUGCAACUGAUCUCUACUAUCCUUGUGGAAUCUAUGUUGACUAUCAGUUUAAUUUAUAUAUUGGAGACUGCGGCAAUGAUCGAAUACAAAAGUUUGCCUUGGGACAAACGAGUGCAACUACUAUAGCUGGUAAUGGUGCACCUGGUACAAUUACCCUUGACUGCCCGAAUGAUAUUGCAUUCGAUUCGAAUGGGUAUUUGUUUAUCACCGAUAAUUAUAAUCACCGUUUGAUUGGAUCGGGACCGUUUGGAUUCCGAUGUUUGCUCGGUUGUACAAAAGUUGCAGGUUCAUUAGCAAGUCAACUCUACUACCCACGAACAUUUGGUUUUGACACAUACGGAAAUAUCUAUAUUGCUGAUCAGGCUAAUCUUCGAGUUCAAAAACUUUUGUUGGCAACCAACUCAUGUACCAUAUCAUAUAAUCAACCCGUGCUCUGCGUAAAUUCAAUAUGGAAUCCGAAUGCAACAACAUUUACUUCAGUGUCCACCAUUGGAGCAUCACCUUAUGGUAUUUUCAUCGAUGGCAUCAAUUCAGUCUAUAUUCCUAGUCGAACAAACAACACUAUUUUCGUCUGGUCACAAUACGACACCACACCAACACGAAACAAUUCUGGAAAUCUAAAUCGUCCACAUGGCAUCUUUGUUUCGUUGACUGGUGAUAUCUAUAUCGACAACGGAUAUUCGAAUGGUCGAGUUGACAAGUUUUCAUUCAAUUCAUCAACUGUAGCCACAGUCAUGAGUGUUAAUGGCACUUGCUUUGGUUUAUUCAUAGAUAUCAAUAACUAUUUGUAUUGUUCACUUCAUGAUUUUCAUCAAGUUGUAAAGGUCCUGCUCAACAGUAGUACUAUAACACCAACGGUGGUGAUUGGAAAUUCGACUGCUGGAUCUGAUCCAACUAUGUUAGAUUCACCGUACGGUAUCUAUGUGGAUAGUAACUUGAACUUGUACAUUGCAGAUUGUGGCAAUGAUCGAAUUCAAAGUGUAUCAUCAGGAUCAACAGGAGGAAUAACACUUGUUGGAAACAGUUCAUCAUUGCCGACGAUCACUCUGGAUUGUCCUACAGGAGUGGUACUUGACAAUAAUGGCUACCUGUUCAUUGUCGAUAGUUAUAACAAUCGUAUUGUUGGAUCAGGACUGUAUGGGUAUCGAUGUAUCGUUGGAUGUAGUAGUAUGAGUGGCACAAGUGCUAGUCAGUUAUCACUUCCACAAACAAUGGCAUUCGACAGCUAUGGAAAUAUCUAUGUGACUGAUCAAAAUAACAGUAGAGUUCAAAUUACAUACAAACAACAACUUCAACUACUACGACUACUACGACUACCACAACUACCUCGACUAGUACUACCACUAGUACCUCGACCAGCACUAGCACUAGUACAUCAACCAGCACUACCACCAGCACGUCAACUAGCUCUAGUACUUCGACUAGUACUACCACUAGCACGUCGACUAGUACUAGCACCAGUACCUCGACCAGCACUAGCACCAGUACGUCAACUACUACGACUACCACAACUACCUCGACUAGUACUACCACUAGUACCUCGACCAGCACUAGCACUAGUACAUCAACCAGCACUACCACCAGCACGUCAACUAGCUCUAGUACUUCGACUAGUACUACCACUAGUACCUCGACCAGCACUAGCACCAGUACGUCAACUACUACGACUACCACAACUACCUCGACUAGUACUACCACUAGUACCUCGACCAGCACUAGCACCAGUACGUCAACUACUACGACUACCACAACUACCUCGACUAGUACUAGCACUAGUACCUCGACCAGCACUAGCACCAGCACGUCAACUACUACGACUACCACAACUACCUCGACUAGUACUACCACUAGUACCUCGACCAGCACUAGCACUAGUACAUCAACCAGCACUACCACCAGCACGUCAACUAGCUCUAGCACUUCGACUAGUACUACAACUAGCACGUCGACUAGUACUACCACUAGCACCUCAACCAGCACGAGCACCAGUACGUCGUCUAGUAGGACCACAACUACCUUCACUACGACUAGCUCUACCUCCUCGACUAGCACGACCAGCACUACAACCCAAACCACUUCUACAACAGCUCCUGCAGAAACAAGUCAGCAACCAUCAAUUGAUUUCAACUGAAGAACCUCAGUCCACGACGAAUCUACCAACAACACAACAAUCCAUCAUACUAACUUGUUACCCACCAGCAAUCACACUCAUUCCCAGUGGAUCAUCUCUCACAUCGCCGUUACAGUUCCGAAAAAAUCAAGAUUUCUCUAUCGAUUCAAUGAUUCAGUUCCGUUGCAAUGGCUCUCUCUCUACAAUCAAGCAAUGGACAGUCAGCAACUGCACUUCUACCUCAUGUCAAUACCGAAUUCACUUGAGUCAAAAGAUUCAAACAACCUUCAGCGAAUUCUAUGUUCCAGCAAAAACUCUCGAUUAUGGAUUAUAUCAACUAGUCUUAACUGUCAUCAUGGCAACGUUUCCAAGUGCCAAGUCAUCUGCAAUAGUCUAUAUCAUGGUCACACCCUCUGGCAUCACAGCUAAUCCUGUUGCACUAGGCACAUCAAUGAUCACACGUGGUUACGAUCAAGAUCUCGAACUCAAUCCAGGCUUAUAUUCAGUCGAUCCCGACGAAGAUUCUUUUGACGCUAGUAAAUGGAAAUAUGCAUACUAUUGUCGAUGGUAUGGCUCAUACAAUUUUCCAAACAUGCAAGGUCAAUUGUUAACAAUCGAAAAUUCAAAAAUUGAUCCCUUGAAUCCAUCAUGUUUGUCCAAUCGAUCAGACAACGAUACAGGUCUCAUCUUUGGCAAUCUGAUUUCAUCACCAAAAUCAUCAUUAACAAUUCUCUCUGGUACUCUCCGAUCUAAUCAAAUGUAUCAGUUCAUGGUCUACAUGGAAAAUAAAAAGAAUGCUUCUAUUCAAGCAACAGGCUAUGUCAUUGUCACAGUCGAAGAUACUCGUCCACAAUUAGUUGUCAUUGGUUGUGUCAUAUCAACUCUAUGUUCACCGAAUCUGGAAUUCCAAGUAGUAAAUCCAACCACUCAAGUUGCUCUGUAUGCACUUUGUGUUGGAUUUUGUCAAAACAUUGUCAGUAUCCAUUGGAACAUAUAUCAAGGUGAUGACAAUUCAUCUGCCAAUUCAACUCAUUGGAAUCUUUUUCAACAAAUGACAAUAUAUGAUGAUAUUUGGUUCUUCGGAAGACAAAUGAGUAAUUUCACAGCAACAGAUCAACUAUUUCUCAAUAAUCCUGCAAUUCAACUUUGGCGUUUUGAAGUCGUCUAUACAUUCACGAAUGAGACAAGCACAAGUGCAUUGAACUUUGUUAUCAAUCAAUCUCCUUCGAAUGGUUCAUGUGUCAUCACUCCUCACAAUGGAACAACGUCGACUUCAUUCACUGUCACAUGUCCCAAUUGGUAUGAUGAAGAUGGAAUCAAAGGUUAUUCGUUGUAUGCUUGGCAAAAUGAUGUGUCAGAAAUGGUCAUGAUUGCAUUCUCAUCUGUUACUCAGUUUCAACUUCAAUUACCAGCUGGAAAUGAACAAACGGCAAUGUUAAAUCUUGUUGUCUAUGUUCGAGAUCUACUGGAUUGUGUUACUGAAGUGAACAUGUCAGCUGUUCAUGUUAUUGCCGACACUGUUGCGAUAAAUCAACUCAUGGAAAGUAUUCAAAUAAGUUCAUCUUCAACAACAUUAUCAGACAAUCCAACAGUUCAAUUACUUUCAAGUGGAAAUCAAAAUAUAGUUGGGCAAGUGUUGACAUCAUUUUCACAACAACUCAAUCUCAUGGAGAAUACCAGUGUUGCAAAAGCAACCUCAAGUGGAAUAUCUGCUGCUACCGUGUCAGUUGCAUCAUUAACAAGUCAGAAUUCAGUAGCAUCGCAAACGACAGUCAAUGAAUCUGCAUUAGUUGAUUACAACAAAGAACUCAAUUCUCAAGCAAGUCUAAGAGAUUAUCUCGUCACAUUCAUAUCCAAUCUGGCCAUUACCACAUCAAACAGUAUCACACUUCAAUCAUCUUCAUUAGCUCAGCUGACUCAGUCCACUAAUCAACUCACAAGAGCAACUCUCACACUAGCAUCGGAAAGAUGUUAUGAACUAGCUGUGACACUGAAUUCUAAAGCGAGCAGGAUUCCUUUCGAAGAUGUACAAGCUGCUGCCAAUCAACUCACUCAAUGUGCUUCAAAUGUUUUAACAGGCGUCAAUGGUCCGUUACAAGGACGUACAAUCUCACUUGAUCUGGAUACGUUUCGAGCAAAUGAUGUCUCGUCCAAUGAUUAUGACACAGAUAUCGAAUCAGAAUGGUCAAGUAUCAACUCACAGUUAACUGAUGAUGCUGAUAGCAGUACUUCAAUUGAACAACAACGCAAUCUCUACUAUCAGCAGAAACUGGCCAGUCAAAUUCAAAUACAAUCAACGCAAAUCAUCUCUCUAGUCACAGCUGCAUUGAAUGUUCACUUGAAUCUUGGUCAAACUUCACUUGUCAACACAUCACAAACUUUCAUGUCAUUAGAAACAACUUCAAUCGAAUCAUUAGCAAACAAAACCAUCAAACAACUUUCAUCUGCUGCAUUUUAUCUUCCAUCGAAUUUCACUCUCAACACAACAAGCACUUCUUCCAUUUCACUUCGAUCCAAAAUGGACACUCUUGCUGCAUAUGGAAACUUCUCGAAUACGAAUCUCUCGAGAUCAGUCUCUUUGACGUUUGUGGAUAAUAAUGGCAAUGACAUUCCAUUUUUAACUGAUUCAAGUUCACCAAUCAAAAUCAUCAUACCUCGUGAUCCCAAUGUUGUCAUUCCAUCGAUGUACCUUCAAAAUGUCACAACAACAACAACAACAUCCAUAAACUCAUCAACAAAUUCAUCAUCUUCUCAUUUGUUAUUUCGUUUACAUUAUAUCAACAUUACCAGUUCACUUGCCAUUUCAGUUCAUUUCGAAAUUCAAUCACUUAAUCUCACUUUAGCUCAUUUGUUCAUCUAUAAAUUUGAUCAAACACCACAACUUAAUAGUUCAAUCAAAUCCAUCGAUGGAUGGACGAUCUUCUGUCCUUCCAUGUUAGACAGUGACAACAUUUACAAAUAUUAUCUUGACAAUCAAAAAACCUCAGGUCAUCAAUCGUUGAUCUUUGGAAUUCGAGAAUUGAGUGAAAUGGAACUGCAUGACUAUUGUUCAGCUACAAAUACAUCAUUUAAUAAUAAUACUCUACCAAUCACAGACACACCCUGCACCUUCACAGCCGAUUAUGCAUUGCGUAUUUACACAUCGGGUUGUUAUUAUUUGGAUGAAAAUAACAAUUGGAAAUCAGAUGGAUUGAUUGUUGGACCAUCAACAAAUCACUAUGAAACAGAAUGUUUCUCUAGUCAUUUAACAACAUUUGCUGGUGGUUUCAUUGUUUUGCCUGCACCAAUCAAUUGGAGUUAUGUUUUUGCCAAUGCUGAUUUCUCCAAAAACAAAACCAUCUAUUUGACAAUGAUCUGCACAUCAAUACUCUACGUCAUUCUUCUGCUCUACAGUCGGUUCAAAGAUAGAAAAGAUAUCGAAAAAUUGGGAGUGACACCGAUGAUCGACAAUCAUAAACAAGAUCAAUAUUUCUAUCAAAUUCUUAUUUUUACUGGUCAACGAUCAAAUGCUGGUACAAAGUCCAAAGUUUAUUUUGUGCUGUCAGGUGAUGAAGAUCAAACAGAUAUUCGUGCAUUAGCUGAUCCACAACGAAAAGUUCUGCAACGUGGUGGGAUUGAUGCUUUUGUCAUGGCAGUACCCAAAUCAUUGGGAUUGUUGAAUUACGUUCGAAUUUGGCAUGAUAAUUCAGGUGAGGGCCAGUCGGCAUCAUGGUAUCUCAAAUAUAUCAUUGUUCGUGAUUUACAAACAAUGGAUAAAUUCUACUUCAUUGCUCAACGAUGGUUCGCCGUUGAAAAAGAUGAUGGACGAAUUGAACGAACUCUGCCUGUAGCAGGUGAACUGGAAAAACAAGCCUUUUCCUAUGUCUUAUCGAAGAAAGCAUAUCACAGUGCAUCUGAUGGUCAUCUCUGGUUUUCGAUCUUCUCUCGACCACCAUCCAACCGAUUUACACGUGUCCAACGAUGUACUUGUUGUUUUGUUCUCUUCUUCAUUUCCAUGUUACUCAAUAUCAUGUAUUAUGAUCUAUCAAAUGAAGCCAAAUCAACCAAUACAACACAGAUCAAUGGUUUAGCCAUUGGCCCACUUUACAUCACACCACAACAGAUUGCAAUCGGUGUCAUGGUUGAACUUUUGACAUUAGUUCCAAGUCUUUUCAUUGUUCAAUUCUUUCGUCGAAUUCGAUCUCGACAACAGAUCUCACCAUUACAACAAACCUUGUACAAAAUCAAAACAUCUGGACAAACACUUACAAAUCUCGAACAAAUAACAAAACAAAAGAAGAGACCAACGUCGGGUACAUUUCCUUGGUGGUGUAUAUUCAUUGCCUACACUCUCUCAUUUAUGAUCAUUGUUGUUUCGAUUUUCUUCAUUAUCGUACGAGGCAUUGAAUUUGGUGAUGUGAAAACACAAAAGUGGUUAACAUCUGUUCUCACUGGUUUCUUCUCAUCGAUUCUUGUCUCUCAGCCCAUCAAAAUCUUAGUUUUGGCAGUGAUUUUUGCNGCACAAAUGUUAUUUGAAGUGACAUUGAUGAAAUUUGAUGCAUCUGAACUGAUCGCAGCUGGUGCAUUUCUUGGUCCAUUCUGUUUUACUUUGUUCAUAUUUAUAGUUGUGUUCGUUUGUUUAAGCAUGUUUCUUUCCAUUAUCAAUGAUAGUUUUCGACAAGCGAAAGAAACGAAAAUCGCGGAUCAAGAGAUUCUUUCGUACAUGAAAGAGAAGUUCUUGAGAUGGACAGGUUUGAAAAAAGCAAGUCAAACAGAAAUUUAUGCUAAUCGUGAUCGUCGAAUGCGAUCGUUAUUUUUCGAUCCAAUCGAAAGAUUUCCUGAAAGAAUUGAUCGAUUAUUAGUAGCGAUCGACAAAAUCUACACUGAUCAGAAAAAGGAAUGUGAUCGACUGAAUAGUGCUGGUGUAUAG